GUGAGCAGUGGCAAGAAAGUGAGACUUCGUGUUCGGUUAUUAAAGAAUAUGAUAAACAAUGUGGUUAUUAUUGUUACACUAUUUUGAAACCACUUCUACAAUACACAGCAUCGAUGAGAUUAAAGGAAGAAAAGAACAAUGAACUUGAAAGUAAAGUACACGAACUUGAAUUGACUAUAAAACAUUUCGAAGAAAUCAUCAAAAAUAAAGAAAUACAACUGACAACGCAGAUUGAAUUAGCUAAAGUAUAUAAAGAAAAGAACAUAAUUAGUGAAGAGUUAAUAAAGGAAAAGAAUAAACAAAUAUCAGAUUUAAAAAUACAAAUAUCACGAAACCAUAAUAAAGAAAAUUUAGAAGUUAAUAAUAAUUCGAAAAAAAUAAUAGAAGAAUUCGUGAACCCAUUACCGUCAAAUAGAGAAUUUAAUUUACCAAUAAAACAAACAGAAAUUAUAAAUCACGAAGAUUCUGACAACAUAUUUAUGAAAUAUAUGGACGUAAAUUGUAUAGGCAAAACAACGGAUGCUUAUAUGGUUAAAUUACCAGGAGUUGAGAAAUUUGUAUUACCUUGUGAUUCCAAAAUCGUCGGAUCCGGCUGGACAGUUAUUCAACGCCGUCAAGAUGGAACUGAAAAUUUUAAUCGCAAUUGGACAGACUAUCAAAGGGGUUUUGGAAAUAUUAGAACUGAAUUUUUCAUUGGACUUGAGAAACUAUAUCUCAUAACGAAUGCCCAGCCACAUUAUUUGUAUAUUUAUCUUGAGGACUUUAAUAACGAUAUACGAUAUGCAACAUAUCAAAACUUUGCUAUUGAUAAUGAACACGAAUCCUAUGCCCUUAAAACACUUGGAGAAUAUUCAGGAAAUGCUGAGAAUGCUUUGUUGACUCACAAGAACAAGAAAUUCUCGACACCCGAUCAUUAUGUUGACAAUGCGUUCAAUUGUGCUGAGAAUUACAAUUCUGGUUGGUGGUUCAAUGAUGACUGCUAUCUAUGUAAUCUUAAUGCACCAUAUGUUAGAGGGAAUGAUGAGAACUCAAAUGGCAUCGAAUGGAGAACUUGGCAUUUCAGGCCGCUCAAGUUCGUUCAAAUGAUGAUUAAGCCGAAAACUAUUAAAUAAUAU